GACCUAUGAGAGAUGUUACUUAAAGAUAUAAAUAAAAGUAGCAUAAAUAUACAUACACCACACUAGUCGUGUCUUCGCGCUUUGGCUAUCAAACCGUCCCUAUACAUAUUUUCAACUGCUCUUUUUUAACCAAGUGCCCCUGGAUCGCCCUUGGGAGUGAGUUUAAUAAUUUUUCACUAUAUGUGUUGGCUUUGCGUUUCCUAGUAAAUAUACGCAAUUUCCUAUCAUUUGCCCACUCAAAUCACUCUGAAGUAUGGUGAAACCCACCAAUAGCUUUUUGUUGUUGUUUAAUUAAACAUACAUGUAAUUGUAUUUAUAUCGCUUGUUUUUAGUUGUUAUUCUUAUCAUCUUGUGACGAACGGAAUAUUAUGCGCACUGUACUCGCGUAGCUGCAAAAAACAUAUAAAAAGCGAAAUAAAUGUAAUACCACAUGUGUAAUACUCUCCAAUCUGUAUUUUUUUUUGCAUUUAUAUUAACAUUUUCUAUUAUAUCGAACAAUAAUAGAGUGACAAAAUAUUUGAAUAUAAAUAGUGACAAAUACAAUACUUCAAUGCCUCUUGAGAAGUCGCAAAAUUCGCCAAAUUCAAAAAAUAAAGGUGACAUGUACACAGAGCGAUUAAUGUUAACCACCAAUCACUAAUCUUUUCGAACUAGCUUCAUUUCGUUUUGUAAUUUCACUAAGUUUUUCAACGACCCUAAACCACAUAAACGCAAUAAACGCAAGAUGAAAAUAAACCGGAAGUUUUAAUUAAUAAUUUCAAAGUUAAUAAUAGAUUCCAUGUAAUACGGACGUGCUAUUGGCUUGCUACCUUCGCUACCCAAUUAGAGCUCUAACCAAUAGAAAACAACCUUGUUCAAGCUGCUACACUACUGCAAAAUUCGGCAGUUCUGCGUUCUUCAGGUUUUAUAUUCGCCGCGAACCAUUGGGUGUAAUGAAAUAUUGUUUCAUACACACAAUAAAUGAAUAAAACCUGGACAACGUACCAAUACUACGAGAUUUCUGACGAUAGAAAUCUAUAAGUAGAUCUAACCAAAAAUUAGAACAGUUGCUAAAAUUGGGAUUCGAAGGCGGUGCUCGGUGUAAACUGAUCUGGGUUACAUAAAGAAUAGAUCAUGAUACUUGAUGCAAAUUAUAGAGGCUUAUGAAGAUAUUAAGGCAUGCCAUAGGCAAGCAAGAAUUUCUGGGAUGUCAGCUUUUGUUAUUGGAAGUGCUGCAACUUAUGUUAUGUUAAAGUGGACAAAAACAUUUGAAAAAAGAUCUAAAUACAUACCACUUGUUUGUUUAGGAGUUGGUUCAUGUUGUGGUUAUGUAAAAUCAAUUAUGGUGAUACAAAAGUAUCAGAGUAUGCUACAAAAUUUAGAAGCCUCAAGAAACUCGGGAAUGAACGACUCAAGACCUGAAACAAACCCAGGCGACCGUUCAUUGCCUCUUUCAAAAUAUGGUGACGAAGGUUUUCACCUGGACGAGAAGAGCUCUAAGACAUAGACUGAAUGCAUUAACACGAAUGAAUGUGCUUUAUAAAAUUUGUUAUACCUUCUAAUUUUCUGUAAUCAUUUAAUGUUCAACUGAUACUGCAAGAAUUAUUUAUUAGUCAUCAGGGGCGUAGCCAGUGUAAAAUAUAUGCAGGUGGGGUCAGCUACGCUAGCGUUAUAUGUAACUAAGGUUGUUUGGCGAAACGUGAUGGUUUGCAGCAAUUGCAAGCUUGAUCUGAACGAAAAGUGCCAGUUUCCUACGCUGCUGUUAGUGUUGUAAUAUAGCCUGAAAUCUUUGUAAGAUAUUGACUUCUUAUUAUGACAAGUUAAAUCACACCUUGAUUGCUGUUAGUUUUGGUCACUUUAAAAAUACUUUGAUUGAAAAUACUUUUCAA